GUCCUCCGUGGCAUGGCGGACUGCUUUACUGAUUGCAGCCAAAAAUAAUUCUCUAUUUUCGGGUGUAAUAUUGUGCUAAAAUGAGUUUGACGGCAUCGCGCCCUCUGAUCAGUGUUUACACUGAGAAAAAUGAAGCAACCAAGGAUAAGGGAGUUUCGCUCCCGAUCCUGUUCAAGGCUCCCAUCCGCCCGGAUGUCGUAAGCGAAGUGUCGCAGCUGAUGCGUCGCAACAAGCGCCAACCGUACGCCGUUAGCGAAGCUGCUGGCCACCAAACGUCGGCCGAAUCGUGGGGAACGGGUCGUGCGGUGGCUCGUAUUCCGCGUGUUCGCGGUGGUGGUACCCACCGUUCCGGCCAGGGUGCGUACGGUAACAUGUGCCGUGGUGGUCGCAUGUUUGCGCCGACCAAGACCUGGCGUAAGUGGCACCGCAGGAUCAACAUCAACCUGAAGCGCUACGCUCUGGUGUCCGCCCUGGCUGCCACCGGCGUUCCGGCUCUGGUGCAAUCGCGCGGUCAUAUUGUCGAUGGUAUUUCGGAGCUUCCGCUGGUUGUCACAGAUGACGUCCAGAAGUUCCAGAAGACCAAGCAGGCCGUCAAGUUCCUGCGCCGCACGAAGGUGUGGGCCGACGUGCAGAAGGUCUACAACUCGCAGCGUCUGCGUGCCGGUCGUGGUAAGAUGCGUAACCGUCGCCGCGUGCAGCGUCGUGGGCCACUGGUCAUCUAUGCCAAGGACGAGGGACUGCGCAAGGCAUUCCGCAACAUCCCGGGUGUCGACACCAUGAGCGUGUACAAGAUGAACUUGAUGAAGCUGGCCCCUGGUGGUCACGUCGGUCGUCUCUGCGUCUGGACCGAGUCGGCAUUCGCCAAACUCGACGAUAUCUAUGGCACGUGGAAGGAAAAGUCCAAGUGCAAGAAGAACUACAAUUUGCCGACGCCGAUCAUGGCCAACACCGACCUCUCCCGCUUGUUCAAGGCGGAAGAGAUCCGGCGAGUGCUGAAGGCCCCCAAGCGCAAGGUGCACCGUCACGUGCGCCGUCUCAAUCCGCUGACCAACACCCGCCAGAUGGUGAAGCUGAAUCCGUACGCAGAGGUGACCAAGCGUCGUGCCCUGCUGGCCGCAAAGCUGCGCCGCUGCGAGCGUAUUGUGGCCCGUGCGAAGGAGCGCAAUGUUACGCUCGGCAAGAGCGAUCCGGCUUUGCACUUCAUUGCCACGGAAAAGAACCGCAAGAAGCAGCUGCUGAAGAACAAUGCCAAGCGGCUGGAACUGGCUGCGAAGAAGAAGGCCGCAAAGGCUACGAAGGUUGCCGCUGCAACGAAGCAGCCUGCGGCAGCGAAGGUCGCGAAGAAGUAAUAAGUUUGUUGUGGUCGCCACAAUUGUCGCUAAAACUUGUUCUAAUUUCCAUCUACUGAAGUAAUAAAAGUAAAACCUUCUACCAGUCCCCCUGAGCUGUGGUGGGAAAGAAAAAACAGCAAA